UCUUAACCGUCUAGAACGCAUGCUCCUGAGCGUUCAAGCCCGCGGGGAAGCCACUCGGCAGCGGACCAAGAUGGCGGCGCCCGCUGAUGGGCAAUCGUUUGUCGCGGGGUUUGAAAAGAAUUGGGGUGCAGUUGUUCGUUCCCCAGAAGGGACCCCCCAGAAAGUCCGGCAGCUGAUAGAUGAGGGGAUUUCCCCAGAAGAGGGGAGCGUGGACGCGAAGGACCCAUCUGCCACAAUCCAGUCAGUUAAUGGAUCACCCCAAGCAGAUCAGCCUCCGUCCGAAUCUACAAGCAAAGAAGCCUUCUUUAGCAGAGUGGAAACAUUUUCCUCUUUGAAGUGGGCAGGUAAGCCCCUUGAGCUCUCUCCGCUUGUCUGUGCAAGAUACGGCUGGGUCACGGUCGAGUGUGAUAUGCUCAAGUGCUCCAGCUGCCAGGCUUUCCUCUGUGCCAGUUUACAGCUCGCUUUCGACUUUGACAGGUAUAAGGAACGAUGUGCUGAGCUGAGGAAAGCCUUGUGUACUGCCCACGAGAAGUUCUGUUUCUGGCCAGACAGCCCCUCUCCAGACCGAUUUGGGAUGUUGCCAUUGGAAGAGCCUGCUCUUCUUCUUUGUGAAGUUGUAGACCGUUUUCAGAGCCUUUGUCACUUGGACCUGCAGCUUCCCUCCCUGAGGCCAGAGGACUUGAAAACUAUGGGCUUGACGGAAGACAAGAUCAGUCUUCUCCUACACCUGCUUGAAGAAGAACUUGAUCACCGAACUGAUGAGAGAAAAACCACAACCAAGUUGGGCUCAGACGUCCAAGUCCAUGUCACUGCCUGCAUUCUCUCUGUGUGUGGCUGGGCGUGUAGUUCCUCCUUGGAACCCAUGCAGCUCUCCUUGUUGACGUGCUCACAGUGUGUGCGGAAGGUGGGGCUCUGGAGCUUCCAGCAGAUUGAGGCGUCCGUGACAGAUAUGGAGGCAGCCUUUGGCCAGAGCAGCUCCCCCAUCCCAGGCUCCGAGGGGCGCCCGGAGCGCUUCCCCCUCGUGCCUGAGUCUCCUCGGAGGAUGAUGACCCGCAGCCAGGAUGUCACGUUUUCCCCCAGUUCAGAGCAGGCUGAAAAGAGCCCAGGUCCCAUUGUCUCCCGGACUCGGAGCUGGGACUCUUCCAGUCCUAUUGACCGUCCUGAGCCAGAGGCAGCUAGCCCUACCACCAGAAGCCGUCCAGUGACCCGAAGCAUGGGGACGGGAGAUACCCCUGGCCUGGAGGUGCCAUCUAGCCCUCUGCGGAGAGCCAAACGAGCUCGCCUCUGCUCUUCAAGCAGCUCGGACACAUCUUCCCGAAGCUUCUUUGAUCCCACCUCUCAGCAUAGAGACUGGUGCCCUUGGGUGAAUAUCACUCUCAGCAAGGAAACUCAGGAGAAUGGUGGAACUGGUGGUAGCUCCUCAGGCGAGCCAGGCUGGAAGGCUGUGUUGAGCACCCUCCUGGCCCACACCCAGGCCAGCCAGCCAGCUGAAACUGACUCCAUGAGUCUCUCUGAGAAGUCGAGGAAGGUAUUCCGAAUAUUCCGGCAGUGGGAAUCAUUGUGCUCAUCCUGA